UGUAGUUGCUUUGUUUAGGGGAGUCAAAGAGUUCAGAAACAAAAUAUGGUUGGCCCCAUGAGACCUCAGAUUGUGCUCUUUGGCUCCUCUAUAGUGCAGUUUAGUUUCGACAAUGGUGGUUGGGGUGCUAUUCUAGCCGCUUUGUAUGCUAGAAAGGCGGACAUAGUAUUGCGAGGAUAUUCAGGUUGGAAUUCAAGGCAAGCUUUGAAUGUUUUGGAUGAAGUUUUCCCCAAGGAUGCUCCUGUGCAACCAUCGUUGGUGAUUGUGUACUUUGGUGGUAAUGAUUCCGUUCACCCUCACCCUUCUGGUCUUGGUCCUCACGUUCCCCUCCAAGAAUAUCUUGAAAACAUGAAGAAGAUCGCUAACCAUCUUAAGAGCCUCUCAGACCAUAUUCGCAUUAUAUUUCUCACAUCUCCUCCCAUCAAUGAAGAGCAACUCCGCAAAAAGCUCAGUGCAACGCAGUCAGGAAGAACCAAUGAAUCCUGCGGAGAAUAUGCAGACGCACUAAUGGAGCUCAGUGAGGAGCUGAACGUCAAGGCCAUUAAUCUGUGGUCUGCAAUUCAGACAAGGGAUGACUGGUUAGAUGUUAGCUUCACGGAUGGAGUUCAUCUAUCAGCAGAGGGAAGCAAAGUGGUGGUGAAGGAAAUACUAAGGGUUCUGAGAGAAGCAGAUUGGAAAACCAGUCUGCAUUGGAUGUCAAUGCCAACAGAAUAUGCAGAAGAUUCACCAUAUUAUCCUCCCGCUCCUGAUGGAACAACCACCAUUAAUGUGUCCUACUGUGUCUCGAGAAGGUCUUUGCAAUGGGAUCUGUAGAAGCUAUAUAUCAAUCUCCACUUACCAUGCAUACAACGUUUCAUUACAAUUGGAGCAGAGAUUAUAUAUAUAAUCAAG